AUGGAUCUGCUGCUGGUGGUGAACACGAGCCUGGGCUCCCCCAACGAGUCCCUGGCGCUGCCCCCCUCCGCGCCGUCCGCCUCGGCCCUCCCGCAGCCGCCCUCCCCCUACUCCCCGGCGGCCGUGGCCAGCCUGGCGGCGGUGGUGGGCUUCCUCAUCGUCUUCACCAUCGUGGGCAACGUGCUGGUGGUGAUAGCUGUGCUCACCAGCCGGGCGCUGAGAGCCCCCCAGAACCUCUUCCUGGUGUCCCUGGCCAGCGCGGACAUCCUGGUGGCCACCCUGGUCAUGCCUUUCUCCUUGGCCAACGAGCUUAUGAAUUACUGGUACUUCGGCAAGGCUUGGUGUAACAUUUACCUGGCGCUGGAUGUGCUCUUCUGCACCUCCUCCAUCGUCCACCUGUGUGCCAUCAGCCUCGACAGGUACUGGUCGGUCACACAGGCAGUGGAGUACAACCUCAAGCGGACCCCCCGGCGGAUCAAGGCCAUCAUCCUCACCGUCUGGCUCAUUUCAGCUGUCAUCUCCUUCCCACCGUUGAUCUCCAUGUACCGGGACCCCGAGGGAGAUGUCUUUCCCCAGUGCAAGCUCAAUGACGAGACGUGGUACAUCCUGUCUUCUUGCAUUGGCUCUUUCUUUGCCCCUUGCCUCAUCAUGGUGUUGGUCUAUAUCCGCAUCUACCGCGUGGCCAAGCUAAGGACCAGGACCCUCUCUGAGAAGCGGACAAUGCCAGAGGGGUCCUCCCAGACUGAGAAUGGCUUGAGCCGCGCUGCCGGCGGCUGCACGUCCCUGAGGAUGCAGCUGGGAGAGAACGGACAUUAUUCAGUGCACCACUGGCGCAAAGCCUCUGAGCUGGAGGACAUUGAGCUGGAGGAGAGCAGCACCUCAGAGAGCAGGCGGAGGCGGAGCCGGGAGGAGCAUCCUCGAAAAAGCAGCAAGAGCCAGUCCUUCUCCUACUCAUAUUCCUCCAAGCACUCCAGUAGCCGUCUGUCCCGCUCCAGCAGUCGCUCCAUGCAGUUCUUCUCAUAUCGCCGUCGCCGGAAGCGUAGCAGCAUCUGCCGUAAGAAAGUCACCCAGGCCCGGGAGAAACGCUUCACUUUUGUGCUGGCCGUGGUCAUGGGGGUCUUUGUAGUUUGCUGGUUCCCUUUCUUCUUCAGCUACAGCCUCUAUGGUAUUUGCCGGGAGGCAUGUGAGGUCCCCGAGACGCUCUUCAAGUUCUUCUUCUGGAUUGGGUAUUGCAAUAGCUCCCUCAAUCCAGUCAUCUAUACCAUCUUCAACCAAGACUUCCGCAGGUCCUUUAAACACAUUCUUUUUAAGAAGAAGAAGAAGAACUUCCGGCACUGAGCUGGAGGCAUGGAUUUGCCUUGAGCAGGAGUAGAGUUAAAAGAGAAGGAGAAGGCUCCAUGCUGAAAAAGAAAGGAGGGAAGAGAACAUGGGGUUUGGGCUUAGAGAAAAGGAAGAGAGCUCGCCCCCUUGGUGGAGCAGAAUGAUGCUAUGGGGUACAGGGAUAGUGCCAGGGAGGCUGAGGGCAUUCACCGCGGUGUGGAAUGGUGACACGGUGCUGGAGGAGCGGUGCUGGAGCGUGGAUGGGUAAAUGGGGAAGGGAAUGAUUGUCUUUGAACCCUAACAGAGGGCAUGGGUAGCCCACAGAGGAAAAUAGGCUAAGACACUGAGUUUGGUAGGCAGUGGGCUUUUGUGGGCUUGGAAUUUUGUGGGGAAACAAGUAGAGACAUCUAGAGGAAGGGACUAAGUGGCAGUGGUGGUGGAGAUUUGAGUAUUUAUAAAUAGAGCAGCUGGGGCCUAUGGUGGGCUUGUCCCAGCAAGAAAUUGGCUUUUACUUCUUAGGUGAGGAAAGAAAGUGCAAAGUACCAGGCACUGACAGUGUUUUGAGUUACAAAAGGAUUUAAAUGUUUGCCAAAAAACCCUAAAGAACAACCCAAACUCUUUUCUAAAUAAACCUUUGUACUGUUAAAACCUUCUGAAUGGUGAUUUUACACAGGGCUUAAGUCAAACAGUAAGCAUGGGGUUUUCUGUUUCUUUGGAGGAGUCUUUGCAUAUAGAGCUGGAUGGGAAACAUUUUUUCCUAUCUUCCCAUAAUUUUUGAUUUGUCAGUGAGACAAACCUGGAAGUCUUGCAUGUUUUCAUGAAAUAUGAAAAAGAGCACAUGUGCCUCAUGACUUUAUUUUCCCCUGUUGGAUCAUCCAGCCCGUGAAUUCCUGCCCUGUCCCUCUCAGAUCAGUGUCCUAAGUACCUUGCUGUCCUGGAGCAGGGAGUGAAAAAAAAAAAAAAAAAAAAUCAUUUUGGUGAACUCAACAUUUUCUGAGUUACAAGAAAAAAACGAAAUUUCCAACCAGCUCAGCUUGCACGUGCCCUGGGGAACUUUCCCCCCGCCCACCCACCCCCUCCUCUUUUCAGGUCCCCCUCAAAAAAGCUUUUCUCAGGCUGGAUGUGUGCUGCUCUCAUUCUCAGACAUGCAGUUGGAGGCAGUCUGCUAUGCAGAUUUUCAGAGGAAGAGCAAUCACCACAGCACUAAGGUUUUUAAAUCCUUCGUAUUUACAAUCUUAGAGCAGCUAAGUCCUUUAUAUUUAUUUUUUUAAUGUGAAGCAUACAUUGCAGAUUGUCAGUGGGGUAUAUGAACAAAUCUCAAAAGAAGGAGCAGCUGCUGUUCCAAACCUUUAAUAUUAAUGUUGCUUUUUUUCCCUUUUCCUGUUUGCAUUUCUAGUUUAUGAUUUCAGAGGAUUUUGUUGGGAGGGGGAGGAAGAGGGGUGAAGAGUUUAAAUAGUUAUUAAAGCAAACUAUAUUUCUCGUGGCUUUAUAAAAUGUCAUAAACUGUAAUGAAGAGAAUGAGAGAUAGGGACUGGUGUCUGUACAUUCACCACUGAGUGCAUACUGAGCGUAAGACUCAGCUGAGCAUUUACAUCCCUUCUCCAGCUGUCCUGCUGCAAGGUCUGUAUUCUGUUUGCAGGAUAAAUACUACUCUAUUUUAUGUGUAUUGCUCCUUCCAUAGGCAGCAGGAUUUGGCAUCUGCCUCAAACCUUUCCAUAGUAAACAGCUCUUUGAAAAAUGGAACAAAAUCUAAUCUCGUACAGUUUGCUUCUUGAAACAGCUAAACUGAAUCUAUACCUGAGAAUCAUUGGCGAUCCCCUUCUUUACUCCCUCUGUUCUGACAGGUGUCUGUAGCCUCUCUUCUCUUGAAAUCGGUGGCAUAUGGAAAAAUGACAGAGCAGUCACUUUGUUUCAUCAGUUGUUCAUAGUAAGCAUUUGGUUCACUUAAUCCUGGAAAAGGAGGCUGUCGGUGGCUACAAUUCUGGUGUUAAUUCAAUAGACAAUUUAACUUUAGGGCCAACUCGUGGAAGUUCUGCUGAAGUAAGGGUCAGAUGAUUGCACCAAGUACAUUAGAAGUUUGCUUGAUUUCACUAAAGAAACAACUGAGACAUUUUCAAAAUCCCAAGCCCGUAACUUACUGGUUCCUUUCUUGAAAUAAGGCUUGGAGUUGUGAAAAGAUUUGAGCUUUGUUUAAAUAUCUGCACUUAAAGAAAGGAUGUUAAGACUUAUUUUCAGGAGCAUCCCUUUAUAACUAACAGAUGGUUUGGUACAAAUAUAUUCCUGAGACAAAUAAAUAAGAGGAAAACAUAGCAAUCGAUAGGAGGAAAUUACAAGCCAUUUUCUCUUUUGCAAAACGGACAAUUCUUUUUAAAGUUACAUCAAAAAGAGCUGAAACAAGCUCCUAUUAUUUGUAGGUAACGAUGUAGCUAAAAAGUUCAGGUUUGUGUAAUCUGAAUAAACUAUGUAAUUGCCAGAGCAACCAAAGCAUCAUAUGGUACAUAGCUACUACCUCUUAGCUACUGGAUGGCUUCAUUAGAGAUACCCACCCAUUCCUACCAAGAGGAAGGUCUGCUUUUUCACUUCAUGCUUGUUUAGAGUGGUUUCCCAGUCUGCAGAUACACAGCAGUUUCACUGUUGCACUGCUUUUGAAAUGAGAUUUGUUUGCCUGUAAACACAAUCCUUCCCCUUUGUUUUUCCUUGUAGAAUUCAAGGAGUCUAUGGAAAUGAAAUUUAGUCGAUACAUUUUAGUGGACAUGAAGCAUAAAUGGAAUGACUGAUGUGCCUUAAAAGUAAUUUCUUUGCUAGAAAAUUGUUCUGUGGUCAUUAUAAACGUAAAGAAAAUAAUGCUUCUAUUUUUGUUUUUCAUUUCCAAAUGUCUAAAACAGAUUGAUGCAGAUACUGAACAUCUAUGUGCAGCAGCAUACUUAAAACCAAGGCAUUUUCUGUGGUUUUAAUUUAUUUCUCAUCACAGUUACUCAUCUGAUUCAAUGCCUCAAGAGGGUCUUAUUUCUUUUGAGCUAGAUAAAAAGUAAUAUUCAUCAAUAAAGAUGUGCAGUAUACCCCCCCUUUUAAGUGCAUUUCCCUCUAAAUUAGUGAAUACAGAGGAUUUCUAUAAAAUUGUUUUUAAUGUAACUACUGAAUGUGCUUCAAGGAAGUAAAAUGAGGCUGAUUUAUUUUUUUAAUUACAUUGUUCUCUUGUAAUAGCUGAAGACUGGAAUUUGUUUGUAACAUGUUGUGUGGUGUUAACUUUUCAUAAAAAGUUAUCAGCUCUGCUGCUCACACUGUGGUUGUGCUUCCACUGUAAGAUGGCUAAUAGCAUAUAGAGGGGAAAAUAGGCAAUGCAGCUUUUGCUUAAAGAAAAGGAGAAAAGAUAUUUCAAGUUUUGAACGUGUCCAGUUGGGUCUUUGAUCACAUCUGAUGAGCUCGUUGAAACACUCACUCUUUUCUAUUGUGGAAGAAUGAAAUGUUGCUGUGAAGCCAUAUUGAUUGUAACAAGCGCCUGAUCUUUAACCCUUCAUUUGCUAAUUUCACCGUGGAGAAAAUUUUCUCUCAGUCUGAAGUGAGAAGUUAAUGUUUUAUUUUCAAAACCAGUUUUCUGAACAGUACCACUAUUGGUUGGUUAUUGAAAUAUCAAACAAUAUGACUUAGCUAGCAUGCAAACUCAGUGCUGCUGUCCUUCAGCCUUUUUCUUCAUGAGCGAGAACUGUGAAAUUAGCCCCUUCAAGGCUUGAGGCAGAUGGAAGGGGCCUUAUAUAGAGAAGAUUUGACAUGAUCACAGCUUUAAAUCUUUGUCUAAAUUAAGAAUCAGACCCUUGUUCUGUGUGGUCUCUGUUCAGAAGAGUCAUGUUGCUCCAAGAGCACUGGCAAUUUCUGAGAAGUAGACCCGAGAUGAAAGACUACAUGCAAGCAGCUUUGCCCACAUUGAGCUGUAUCACCCUUUUUGAGUAAUCCCAGAAAACUUCGCCAGAGUUUACUUGUGAAUGGGGGAACUACUCAGUGCAAGAACUUGUCCGGUGUGGGCAAGGACAAUGCCUCUUUAUCAGUAGAUGUGCCUGAGGAAUUUAAGCAAACAUUUGUGCAUAAAUGUACAAGAACUGAAAGAAAGUAGUCCUGUCUGCUUAACUGACUACUGUUCAAACCCAUGGAAGGUGUGGGUCAAGGGGGUUUUGACUACAUAACCAGAGCAACAAACCCUGCUGUAUAUUUUCAAUAUAAGCUGUGUGAAGAGCAUUGUCUGAUUGCAUCUGUUUUGCAGAGAAGAAAAUUGUUGGUCUCUUUCCUGCUGUGUGGAAGCUGGUAUUGGUUAGAACAGCAUCUGAGAUGUGUAGAGGUUUUGUAGGAAAUGUCUGUAAUGAUGCGUUGCAGGAGAAUGUUCUAACCUUAAGAUAUGACUACAGUCAACAAGGACAGAAUACCUACAAGCUGUGCAAAAUGAAGGCCAGAUGCUAUCUGUGAGUGUGUUUUCAUGGUUGCUUUUGUGACCUUGCUGGUGUGCAGAAGGCAACUAGAUGCUUCAGAGAAAAAGCUCUAAUUUGGAGGGAUGAAAGUGCAUGAGGAAGAGACUACCCACAACACUGGAAGAAUUAAUAUUUACUUACCUUCUUUGCACUGUAGACAAGUUCAGCAGAGGAGUUUGCCUUUUUCACUGCACAAUAACAAAUGUUCAUUUGCCUUCCAGAUAUGUGGGUCAACUAGGCCAUACAAAAGACACAGGCAAAGGUAGGGAUAGGGGAUUGCUCACUUCAGUGUUCAACACCAAGCUUAAGUUUGUCCUUUGUCCUUGAAAUUAAGCCAAAAAUAGUUUGGCACUUGGACCCAAAAGGCCACGUAGCAUCAAUAAUGCCACAAUGAAUAUAGUUUAGUUGUAUUAUACACCCUGCGCAUCUCCAUUUCAGGACAGAAGUGGGAGAGUCUGACACUUAAGGCAUGUGAAAAAGGAGAAAUCAGCAGUUUGAAGGAUCAUGGGUGUAUUGUGAAAUUUCCCUAGAUCCCAGUCUGAUAACUGAGCUUGCUUUGAUUUUAUGGCUUCCCAAUUACUUUGGACUCCUACAAAAGACUUAGGGAGGUAUGUAAUGUGGAAACAGUGGAAAUACUGCUUCUCGAGACAGCAAAAAGUGGCAAAUUGCUCAGAGUCAGUGUUCAGAUGGUUAUACCAAAUGCCCAGUCCUCCACUGGGUGGAUAACUCUGCUACUGGUUUUAGUGGGAAAGGCUGAGGUAUCAACUCACAGUGACUAUCAUGCUUGGUCUGAAUUUAGGUGAUGCCUACAGCUGGUGUAUUGCCUUUGUUUGAAACGGCAGCCCUUAGAGUAUAACAGAAGACAAGUAGUUUCUCUCUCUUCUGGUACAUGUCCUUUACUACACUAUCCCAAACUUUUUGUAGUUCUACUGCAAAACAGUUGGUAAGGUAGAGAAACAUUGCCAGUGUCUCACAGAUUAAAAAAAAAAAGAGAGAGAGAGCGGCAUGGAAAAUACUAGGAAUCGAAAGCUGGUGUCUUAGUCCUAGCCUAACAUCUUACUGCGAUACCAGUCUUCCUCCCACUCCCCCUUUUUUUCUUUUGGAAAACAGAAAUUCAUGCAAAAAUGAAUAAGCUUGUUUUUAAUAGACUACACUGAUUACACUAGAAAAAAGAGCUUUUCUGUCAAUAAAUGGCAUUCUGCUGUAAAGGAAUUUUCUUUGCUAUUCUUCUCUGAAAAAUCUAAUGAAAAGUAAAACAGCACUUAAUUCAAUUUGUCUAUAUGUAAAUUCUUAACAAAAAUGCUUUGUUAAAGGUCCUCAGUGUAAACUACAUAAAUCAAAUAUAGCUGCCUGCUUCAUCAAAAUCAAUUAGUUGUGUUUCAGCAUUUUUGUGAACAGCAGUCAUUUGUUUUGCAUGAUACUCUUUCCUGAUAGCUCUCUCCUGACAGAGAAAGCUGUACACCCUGUU